AGAAAAGAUGAAAAGCCUUGUUGCCCAACAACUUCCUUUUCUUCCUCACCUCAUUCAUCAUUAACAAAUCGUGUCUUUUUCACCUUUCAACUUUCCUUCUAUAUAUACAUAUAUACAUAUAUAUAUAUGUAUCACAUGUGGUGGGUAUAUAUAUAUAUAUAUAUAUAUUUCUGCAUAUAUAAGACUCGUCUGUAAGUGUUUAACUCCUCAUAAGCAGGUAUAGGGGACCGAAGGUGUGACCCUUUUGCACUCAUAAACCAUAUAUAAAAAAAAUGGAGCAGAAGACAAUCAGCAGCGCAGACGAGAGUAAUAAGAGGGUUGAGAUGAAUGGGGAAAAAGGUAUCCUGAUUCACAGCCAAGUGAUGAAGAUCAAGCGAGAAUUUGAGAAGAUAAAGCAUCCAUCGCUGCAACAGACGGAGAUUAGACGAGUUUUGCUUCCAGAUAUCAACAGGCAACGUUCCCCUUCUCCUCUGGGGUCUAUCUCAGUCGGCAACUGAUUUUUGGAUCAGUUGUAUGCAGUAUCUGUGUCUUUUCCGAUUCACGUGUUGCAUGUAUAUACAUAUAUCUCUCCUUAGUGUUGUAGAUGGAGCUCAUCUUCUUGUAAUGUUACAUUAGAGUUUGGGAUUGAUUUCUGAUUUCUGACUUCAUUUAUCGCAUAAUUCA